UCAAAACCAAUUCUUUGUCCUUUGCUUUGUUAACAGAAACUCCUCAGAUCAACGACCCUUGUUCCCACCAUGGACGAUCACUUCAAGUAUGGAAUAGUCAUAGACUCUGGGUCUUCCGGAUCAAGAAUCCAAAUAUAUAAAUGGGAAGAUUACAAGUACACUCUAGAACAUUCCAAUGGAGACAAUUCAAAGUUACAAUCUCCACCCAAGAUCAUUCAGGAGAAGGAUUGGACGUUGAAGAUUAAGCCAGGUAUAUCGACAUAUGCGGACAAGACGCGGGACAUCUGGCCAACACAUUACCAGAAACUCUUGCGAUAUGCCGAGGAGAUCAUCCCCCAGGAGAAGCAUAGGGAAACUCCUGUGUUUGUAUUGGCCACUGCAGGUAUGAGAUUACUCCCACAUGGUAAACAAAGGAAAAUAUUAAAGGAAACCUGUGAGUCGAUCCGUUCCAACACAGAGUUUUCAAUUCCAAAUUGUUCUGACUUUGUUCAAGUUAUUGAUGGAGAAACCGAAGGACUUUAUGGAUGGUUAGGUUUAAACUACCUCAUGGGCCAAUUUGAUAACUAUUCUUCGGAUUUAGAGAAACAUGAGUCCAUUGGAUUCAUGGAUAUGGGAGGUGCGCUGACACAGAUUGCGUUUGUGCCUCUGUCCGACGAAGAGGUCAAGAAACAUGACGAAGAUCUCUCCACCGUUGUGCUCAGGAGUGUCAAUGGAGAGACUCAAAAAUGGAGAGUUUUUGUAGAAACGUGGCUAGGGUUUGGAGCCAACGAGGCCAGACGAAGAUAUCUUAAUCAACUCAUUAAUGUGAACAUACUGGCCCCUCCAAGAGCGAAAAUGAAGGGUUCACAAACCGUUAGUGAUCCUUGUCUCCCACAGGGGGCAGAGUUCCCGCACGUUCACGAGGGGAAGACCUACAAGAUUAAGGGGAUUGGGAACUAUCAACAGUGUGUCAAGAGUAUCUACCCUCUUCUUCUCAAGAACAUCCCAUGCACCGACACCCCGUGUCUUUUCAAUGGGAUCCAUGGACCCAAGCUUAACUUUGAUGAUGACAAAUUCAUUGGGAUCUCGGAAUAUUGGUACACUGCCAAUGAUAUUUUCCAGAGUGGAGGUGAAUACAAUUAUCAUGCAUUUAACAACAAGGUGAAGGAAUUUUGUGAAAGUGACUGGUCUACUAUUUUACAAAAUUCAGCAAAUGGACAAUAUCUGAAUCUUGAUCCAGAAACAUUUCUUAGGGACGCCUGUUUCAAGGCCAGUUGGGUUAUGAAUGUUUUACACGAAGGGUUUGAAUUGCCUCGAUUAGACGUUGAUGCCACCCCUGAAACCGAUAAGCUGGCGGAAGAACUAGCCAAAGAACUCACCAACAAACAUAUCCCUUUCAAAUCCGCCGACUCGGUCAAUGGAGAUGAGUUGUCAUGGACAUUAGGGAAAAUGCUUUUAUUUGCCCUGAGUCAAAUUCGUCCUGGAUAUGAAAAUGAUAAGAACGUGGGGAUAUAUCCCAGUGAAAUUUCAGGGCAAGAUUUUGUUCCUGGAGGUGGAUCCACCAGAUAUAUACUGAAUCAUCAAGAUGGUAAGUCAGAUUAUGAUUCUGAUUUGGAAGAUAUUUUGGAAGGUCAACUGUUUUUCAUUGUUCCAUUCAUUUUAAUUUUGCUUAUUGUAAUGGCGGUGUUUGCUCGUAAGAGUAAGAUUAUUCUGGAAUCAAAAUUAAAGAAAAUUCCAGUGUAUUGCAAGGACAUUAUAAUGCAUAAGAUUCCAUAUUUCAAGAAUUGGGAUGGAUAUGCUCAAAUGAGAGAAAGAGAACAAGAAAAUUAUGAUUUAGAAGAAGGAUUGAGAGAAAGCAAUGGUGAUGGGAAUAAACCUGUAUUACAACAACCAUAUCCACAAUCGGUGCUCCGAACUCGUUCUACAAUGAAUCUUUCUAUUAACGAAGAAGAGGAUGGUUCACAAGAAGAAGGACGUCAUGGAGUGCCGAAUUUUUUACAUAAACCAUUUCUUAUGCCGAAGAGGAAUGCUUCCAAUAGUAUAUUCCAAUUCCUGGAUCUUGGGAGUCGGGAAUCCCUUCCUUCUCUUGGAAGGACUCCCAGUAGUGCAUCAUUAAAGAAAUUUGGUAAAGGAGUUGAAUAAAUUUUGUGUUUGUGACCGAUGUUUGUGGUUAGA